AGAGAAAGAGAUGUCUGGUGAACAUCGCAUGACAGACACACCGCGUGACACCUUCAUGACUGACUGCCUGGUCGUUCCGCCAUGCAACUCGCCCAACUUCCUGGAUAGUUGUGAUUCAUGCCUGUACGGGUAAAGGCAUACAGAACUGAUGUCAGUGAAUUAACAGCACAAACGACCAACAAAGCGACAUUUGUGUACAUCUAAAUGUAAAGCGACAUAGGAUACUGAAUGAAAAGUAUACCCAUGCCAGACAUUUUUUUUAGACUGAACCAUUAGGUGUUGGCACUAGUUUAAUGUAGUUGUUCUAAACAAGUGCGGCGUGCGUAAAGCACAGCUUGCGACGAUGGCCGUGGAUGUGUCUAUUCAGCUGGACUUCAGCCCCAUUAGCAUCGACACGCAAUACUUGACGCUGAACCAUGCAAUUAACUGGCUCAUUAAUCUGGAGUGGUGGGAAUGGCUCAUUCUUCUGAAGAUUGGCUUCGUGUUCUGGGUUCUUAACGUCACUGUCAUCCUGCCCUCGCUCUACAUGCAGGUGCUGCUAUACACCGACGAAAUGACGUCACGCAAGUUGCAGCCUUCUCUCCCCAAUUUUGUCGAGAUCUCCAGGAUGCUUCGUCUCGGACACACUAAGUACUCCUUCAUGCAGCGGCUGCCUGCUGUCCUGAGAUCGGAUUUUGCUUCAUUCCGGUAUCCGGUGCCGCGAAUACCUGACAUGUUUACUUAUCUAACUCGUUUUACACAUGGUGUACGAGGAGAACCACAAACAUGGCCGGACUAUCCUAGUAUAGCUCAUAACAGAGAACUCGAGCAAGGUUUGUGCUCACGGCUGGACUUCAAUAAAGUCGGUGUAAGGGGAUUCUAUGCCCUUGAGACAUGCUUUGGAAUUGGCUGCAGAGAUCUUUAG